UCAGUCCGCUCCAGCUCUCCUCUGAAUCGGUCGCUUGUUGCUGGUUGCGCUCAGCAGCGGAUCUACUGGAGGGCGUCCAUUCCGCCGUUUCUGUCUCCUUUAUCCUGACAGUUCAGCUCGGAGCAGCAGAGACUCAGAGCAGGAACAGCUCCGGGUUUUUCCCGACUGAACAGUGAUUUUUUUUCUUCCUCUUUUAUUAUUUAUCUCCCUUUUUGGAGUGUUGAUUUCCUGCUGGGUUUAAUAAUAACAUAACAGAGAAGCGGGAGUAUUGAGGUGCCACUUUUUACUGGAUUUGUCUUAUUUUGGUUCUUGUUUUUAAGCCUUUGGAUUAUUUUCUUCUCGGAGAUGCCAAGUUGUUCCCUGUGAAUCGCAGGAUGCUGGGGACUCUACAACCACCAGAUCUCUUACUCUGAUCGCUGUUAUUUCCCCUUUUUCCUCUCUGGACGUUUCACCUCUUCUUUUUUAUUUAUUUUUUGUGUUUAUCAUAUUAUCUAUGUGGUGCCACAUAUUAAGGAUGCGUUGUGGAUUUCUAUUGUUCCUUUUCAGCCAAAUAAUCUUGGUGUCUCCGUUUACUCAGACUGAUAUGUGCGGAGGAAGCAUAAAGAUCACUAAUGCGGAUUACCUGACCUCCCCGGGUUACCCCACCUCGUACCCGCCCUCCCAGCAGUGCGUAUGGGUUAUAACCGCCCCUGAAGAUGGUCAGAAAAUCCUUAUCAACUUCAACCCGCAUUUUGAUCUGGAGGACAGAGACUGCAAGUAUGACUAUCUGGAAGUCUACAAUGGCGGACAUGAGACGUCGCCCAUGCUGGGGAAGUUUUGCGGGAAAAUUGCUCCCUCUCCAAUCAUCUCGAGUGGCAAGCAGCUCCUUAUAAAGUUCGUCUCUGAUUAUGAAACCCAUGGAGCUGGAUUCUCAGUUCGAUACGAGGUCCUCAAAACAGGUCCAGAAUGCUCCAGAAACUUCACUGCUUCCAGCGGCAUCAUUGAGACACCAGGAUUUCCUGACAAGUACCCAAACAAUCUGGACUGCACCUUCAUGAUAUUCGCCGCCAACAUGGCAGAGAUCGUUGUGGACUUCAACAGUUUCGACAUGGAACCAGAUACAACGCCGCCGCCCGGCGCCGUCUGCCGAUACGACUGGCUGGAGAUCUGGGAUGGCUUCCCUGCAGUGGGUCCCCACAUCGGCAGAUACUGUGGCAAUACGUCCCCAGGUCGGGUCAUCUCCCACACUGGCAUCCUGUCCAUGACCAUCACCACGGAUAACGCCAUCGCCAGGGAAGGGUUCACGGCCAACUACACGAUCCGGGAGAGGAUCCUGCCAGCUGGGCAUGAGGCCGAGGAUUUUGGCUGCAUUGAGCCUUUGGGCAUGGAGUCUGGAGGCAUUACCCCCGACCAGAUCAAGGCUUCCUCCCAGUAUAACUCCAACUGGUCACCAGAACGAUCCCGACUCAACUACUUGGAGAACGGCUGGACACCCUCAGAAGACAACAACAGGGAAUGGAUACAGGUGGACUUGGGGUUUCUCAGGUUUGUCACAAACAUCGGGACUCAGGGGGCAAUUUCCAAGGAGACCAAUAAGCACUACUUUGUCCGUUCCUACAAAGUGGACCUCAGCACCAAUGGAGAGGACUGGAUAGCAGUGAAGGAAGGAUCCAAACAGAAGAUCUUUCGAGGGAACUCCAACCCUACAGACGAAGUCCGUGAUUUCCUGCCCAAACCCACCUUGACUCGAUACAUCCGUAUUCGCCCUUAUACCUGGGAACAGGGCAUCUGCAUGCGCUUUGAGGUCUACGGCUGCAGAAUAUCAGACUACCCGUGCUCGUCGAUGUUAGGCAUGGUGUCAGGGCAGAUCUCCGACGCUCAGAUCAGCGCCUCGUCCUUCGCAGACCGGGGCUGGGUGGCUGAGAACGUCCGGUUAUUGACGGGCCGGUCGGGGUGGACCGGGCAGCAGACCAAGCAGCCCUUCAGAAACGAGUGGUUACAGGUGGAUUUGGGCCAGGACAAAAUGCUGAGCGGUGUGGUGAUCCAGGGAGGAAAACACCGCGACCGCAACGUUUAUAUGAAGAGGUUUAAGCUGGGCCACAGCCUGGACGGAGACCACUGGACCAUCAUUAAGGAGGAGAACACCACGAAGCCCAAGAUAUUUGUUGGAAAUCAGAACCAUGAAACCCCAGAGCUGAGAUCGCUCAGUCCACUUCUGACCCGAUUCGUCCGGAUCUACCCAGAGAGAGCGACUGCAGAGGGCAUGGGUCUGCGUUUGGAGCUGCUGGGCUGUGAACUGGAAGGUCCUCCCACCUCCCCGCCUUCCUCCACGCUCCCCAUGACAACGUUCGGAGCGACCACGGCAGCGCCGCCCACGGCUCCCAACACGAUGCUCAGCUCAGAUUGCGAGGACGGGCAGCAGGACUGUGGUGAUGAAAUGGGGGAUCCCGACGACUACGAGCCUUUUCGAGUCUCCGUGAUCCAAACGGUCCCAGACGGUCCAAACAUUCCAGAUUACCUUUGGUUCGCCUGUAACUUUGACUUCCCAUCAUUAUGCGGUUGGAACAAGGACGUCGGUUCAGGAGCCGAGUGGUUUAUCCAGAGCACUGAAGACCCUGCUGUCCAUAGACCGCCGGCCCUCGACCACACAGGCAGUCCAGGGAACUUCAUCUACAUGCAGCUAACAGAUGCAAUCACACCCAUUAAAACUGGAGAUGACACGAGUGAGGAGGAGAGGGUGGCCAGGCUGGCCAGCUUACCCAUCACCUCGCCGGACGGCAGCCUGUGCAUGUCCUUCUGGUACCACAUGGCUGGCGAGCGAGCUGGGGUGCUCCGCAUCAGCUACAGGGAGGAGGGCAACAAGCAGGUCCUGUGGUCCAUGAGUGGCAAUGAGGGCAGCGGAUGGAGAGAAGGCCGGGUUUUACUUCCACAAAGCAGAAUCCCAUAUCAGGUGGUGGUUGAAGGAAGUGCAGACAGACACACCACUGGACACAUAGCAGUGGAUGACAUCAAAAUCCUGGACGCUCUGGACAUUCAGGGCUGCAAGGACCCAGAAGCUCCAACGUCUCCUCCCACUGAGAUCCUAAUGCUACCAAUGGACUCCCUCUCUCAGGAAACAGGUGAUCUCGGCAGACCGGGCAACAUGCUGAAGACCAUAGACCCCAUCCUCAUCACCAUCAUCGCCAUGUCAGCUCUAGGCGUCUUCCUGGGAGCCAUCUGUGGCGUUGUGCUGUACUGUGCCUGCUCGCAGGGCAGCAUGACCGACAGGAACUUAUCUGCCCUGGAAAACUAUAACUUUGAGCUGGUGGACGGCGUCAAACUAAAGAAGGACAAGAUGAACGGACAGACAAACAACUACUCAGAGGCGUGAGCUUUAGAGACAAAGGGGCGGGGCCUCGACGGCUCUGUGAGUGGACACGUUACAAGCAGCCAACUACGGGGCUGACGCCACCAAUGGGACAGCAGGGUUGGCUGAUAGUGAGCCGAUUUAAUUUUGAUUUCUCAGGAGCGGUGGUGGAAGAGACUCACCUGUAGGGGGUGCUGUGUAUAAAACAACCUGUACAGCAAAACAAAAAAAAAAAAGAAGAAAACUGAGGAUUUUCUUUGUUUUUCGGCGUGCUUUGUUGAUUUUGCGUAAUCACAUGCUGGUGUUGAGACCAAUUCAGAUCAAAGUAUCGUCAGUGAACUAUAACUGAAAGUUUUAAUGUUUCUGUUUGUUGGUUUUCUUGUCCUUUUGUGCGAAAGUUUAUGCCGAAUGAGCAAAAGUUAGCCUCACACGUGUGUGAAAGUGUGUGUGGAUGCCUCACACUCAUUUACAUCCGCAUCCGAAGUGUGUGUGAAUAACUGAAGGGUGUGUGCGAGUGUGUGAUCUUAAUGCAGGACCACCGACCUGCUCGAACAGUGCCUUUUUUUUCCUGUUUUUCUGUUGCCUUGUUUUCUGCUGGUUGUUUUUCCAUCUGCUGGGAUUCUUUCCAGGGUUCCUACAUGGACUAAGGGAAAGUUUGCAGGCUGUGGCCAUGAAUCAGCAUCGUUUUAUCGCUGUGAUUUUAACAUAAAAGCAUCUGGUUACACUGACAUUCACUCAGCUGUUGAGUUCCAGGUUUAUAUCCGUAGAACUGAAGAAAACUAUGAAAGUUCCCAAUAUAGUAAAUGUGUAGGAGCCCUGAAUGCCUCAUAUUCAUGGCACAUUACACCUCCAACUUAUUGUAUAUAGGUUUUAAUAUAUAUUUGAGCGCCCUUUUCUAUAGAGGAAGAAAGCAGUGCUGCAGUAUCUUUUGGGGAUCUCCUUUUUCACCUGAUGUUGAAUGAUGUGGCAGAGGAGAAAACACACACAAGAAAGGGAAUUUAUGUCUUUACAUGGUAUAAAAACAGACAACAUAUCAGUCUCAGUGCAAACAAGAGCAGUGAUGAUAUAUUUGAUCUAUUUUGACAUGAGCUCAGAAGACUAUAUUAUAGGAAAUGUAAUCCCCCUUUAGUUACCGUUCUUAUCAGUGAGAUAAAAAAAAAACUUGAUUUAAAGUCUUAAUUUUAAUAAUAAUUGAACUUUAUUGAUCUCACACUGGAGAAAUUCACUCUCUGCAUUUAACCCAUCCCCUUAGGAAGCAGUGGGCU